AAUCUCGCUUAUCUUAAACAUGCCGUUUCAUGAAAAUGACUUGGAUAUUAAUCAGUAUUAAUAAUAAUACUUAAAUAUUUCAAAAAACAAAGUGCAUGGAAGAGACGUACGAACUGCAUUUCGAAAAUUAAGUGCAUGUAAAAGCCAAAUCCCUUCAACCCGUAGGUGCUGGUAUAUUCGAUUUCUCAUUUUGAUGUUGAACACUGAUUUUGCGGCGAUUUUGAAGAGGAACUUCAACUACAGUGGCAAAUUUUUUUUGACGGGAUUCUCCUCUAAGAGAGUUUCUUAUUUGUUCUUUAUUAAAAUGAUUCAGACUGUAGCCAAUUAUCAUUAAUUUUGAUUCAGCUUGCUGUGGUUUGGGUUUUGUGGUGUGAAAACAUUGGAUAUUUGGCAAGAUAGUUUCAGUUAAAGACACCCACAGGGGAUGCUGAAAGAUGUGUUUCUAUGUUAAUAUUUUGGGCCUAACUGCCAAUGGUGUAGCUCUGGAAAAGGUUACUGGAGUACAGCCAGAUUGUUUAUGGCAGCAGUUUUCUGAUCGAAGGUUUUAUGAACCAGCUCGUGUGAAUGAGCUAGUUCAAAGGAGCUCAACUCUGGAGAUGGUUAGAUUCUUGCUACUGCCAAGAUGAUGGAGUAAUCUAUUCAAUCUAAGUCUUUUUUUGAAUAACUAUUAAGUAAAUAAUAUUCCUGGUGAGAAAGGGAUUGAUUAUGGCAAAAGUGGAAAACAAAGGAAGUAAUAUAUUGAUGGGAAAGUAUGAACUAGGCAAGCUAUUGGGACAAGGUGCAUUUGCUAAAGUGUAUUUAGCAAGGAAUUUUAAAACAGGGCAAACUGUUGCCAUAAAGGUAAUGGAAAAGGAGAAAAUCCAAAAAGUUGGCAUGAAUGAUCAAAUCAAACGUGAGAUAUAUAUCAUGAAACAAGUGAGACAUCCCAAUGUUGUACAGCUUCAUGAGGUAAUGGCGAGCAAAGAGAAGAUCUAUUUUGUAAUGGAGUAUGUCAGAGGAGGAACACUUUGCAACAAAAUAAUUGCUAAGGGAAAGCUAAGAGAGGAUAUUUCAAGGAAGUACUUCCAACAACUCAUUCAUGCUGUAGACUUCUGUCACUGCAGAGGUGUCUAUCAUCGGGAUUUGAAGCCUGAGAAUAUCCUUCUUGAUGAAUGCGGAAACCUCAAAGUCUCUGACUUUGGCUUGAGUGCAGUUUCAGAACAACUAAAGGCAGAUGGGUUAUUGCACACUACUUGUGGUUCUCCAGCAUAUAUUGCUCCUGAGGUGAUUAAGAGCAAAGGCUACGAAGGUGUCAAAGCAGAUAUAUGGUCAUGUGGAGUUGUUUUAUUUGUACUUAUGGCAGGUUAUUUGCCAUUUUGUGAUGACAAUUUUUUGCACAUGUACAGGAAGAUAUCCAAGGGAGAGUUUCACUGUCCAGAGUGGUUUUCUUCUGGGGUAUGCAAGCUGCUUAAAAAGCUUUUGGAUCCCAAUCCCAAAACACGAAUUUCAAUUCCUCAGAUAAUGGAAGUUUCGUGGUUUAAAAAAGGUAUACGACAUGCUAAAUUAGAAAAGGAAGAUGAUGAUUUUAGUAGCCUUGCUGAUGUGAAUUCAGUAUUUAAUGCAUCUAACAUCCACCCCAGCAGCACUGAAAAAGGACCAGAAGCACUUGAAGAUAAACCAUCAUUGUUUAAUGCAUUUGACAUCAUUUCUCUUUCACGAGGCUUUGAUUUAUCUGGGUUGUUUGAGGAAAAGGAAAAAUUUAAAGAUGAGAUACGCUUCACAUCCAUGCAGCCAGCAUCAUUGAUAAUCUCAAAGCUUGAAGAGAUAGCCAAAAAUGUGAAAUUCAAUGUCAAGAAGAUAGAUUGCAAAGUGAAGUUGCAAGGACCAAAGGAAGGGAGAAAAGAGCAUUUAUAUAUUUCUGUAGAGAUAUUUGAAGUGACAUCUUCUUUAUUUGUUGUGGAGAUGAAGAAAAUAGGUGGUGAGACUUCUUCCUAUGAAAAGUUUUUUCAACAAGAUCUUAAGCCUGGUCUCAAGGACAUAGUAUGGGCUUGGCAAGGUGAUACUCAAUAGUUGCAGUUACAGUAGGCAUUUUUUGUCAAAAAAUUUUAGGCAGCUGUCAGAAAGAUUUCAAACUUAGCCUCAAAGGCAUUGAAUAAUGGCUUGGUGAGGUGAUACUCUAUAAUAUAAUUACUUCAGGCGUACCUGAUUUCAAGCUACAGUCAACUGCUUUAAGAGCUUCCAAUUCACUAGGCAUUUUUCUUCAAAAAAAUUAUUUUUUUUGUUAUUGUAUGUACCAACUCUCAAUCUUUCCUCGGGAGUCCAGUAUUUGUUCUUUUUCAGUUUGAAGAUAUGAAUAUUAUGACACUUGUUGUCAAGUUAUUAUGCAAUAGCUGUAGUCACAAUUGCACCUUUGUUUCAAAAAUCUGCAGAGUUAUAGGGAAGUUUUCAAACCUAGCCUUAAAGAAACUGUGAUGGGCUUGGCAAGUUGACAAUAACUCUAGUUUCUUCUGGCAUAUUUCUUCUCAUUUUUUAAUUCUUUGUAAUCUAUCUCUGUUUAUGGACUCAUAAACUUUACUUGGAAGUCCA